ACCUCGAUCUCAUCGAAGCUCCUCUCUUACAUAUCACUUCACACCAAGCAUACCUACUCCUCCUCUCUUCUCUCUCUCUCUCGGCUCUAUCAGAAAAUAUUAGAAAGGUUGUGAGAAUGGCGGCAACAGCAGCUUCAAGCUUGCAAAUUGCUACAAUAAGGCCAAGCAUUUCUGCUGCACCUUGCAAAGUUCUUAAAGCAGGGACCUACAUUGUCGGUGUCAAUCCCGGAAACGCGUCAUGGGAUAAACUUACCUUCACUCGCCAUCUAUCGAACCUCGGAUGUUUGAAGAACCACAGUGCUGUUCCAACCUCUAAAAGACCCUUUUCCUUUUCCACAAAGGCGAUGUCUGAAUCCAGCGAAAACAAGGCUUCUUCUGGACUUCCUAUUGAUUUGAGAGGAAAAAGGGCUUUCAUUGCUGGUAUAGCUGAUGAUAAUGGAUAUGGUUGGGCCAUAGCAAAAUCUCUUGCUGCUGCUGGAGCUGAAAUAUUGGUUGGGACAUGGGUUCCUGCACUUAAUAUAUUCGAGACAAGUCUGAGACGUGGAAAAUUCGACCAGUCACGUGUGUUGCCGGAUGGGUCAUUGAUGGAGAUCAAAAAGGUUUAUCCUUUGGAUGCUGUGUUUGACAAUCCUGAAGAUGUGCCUGAAGAUAUUAAAGCGAAUAAGCGAUAUGCUGGAUCAGCAAACUGGACAGUACAGGAAGCUGCCGAAUGUGUGAAAAAAGAUUUCGGAAGCAUCGACAUUCUUGUCCACUCCCUUGCAAAUGGGCCAGAGGUUAGCAAACCUCUUCUGGAGACAUCGAGGAAAGGCUAUCUCGCUGCCAUAUCUGCUUCGAGUUACUCCUUUGUUUCCUUGCUCAGGCAUUUUCUGCCGAUUAUGAACCCAGGAGGUGCUUCUAUAUCUCUUACUUACAUUGCCUCCGAAAGGAUCAUUCCCGGAUAUGGUGGAGGUAUGAGUUCUGCCAAAGCUGCACUAGAGAGUGAUACACGGGUGCUUGCAUAUGAAGCUGGAAGGAAACAAAACAUUAGGGUCAACACCAUCUCUGCAGGUCCUUUGGGAAGCAGAGCAGCGAAAGCAAUUGGAUUCAUAGACACGAUGAUUGAGUAUUCCUACAAUAAUGCACCGAUUCAGAAAACACUAACCGCAGAUGAAGUUGGGAAUGCAGCAGCCUUCUUGGCAUCUCCACUAGCCUCUGCUAUAACCGGUGCAACCAUCUAUGUGGACAAUGGCUUGAACUCAAUGGGUGUUGCACUUGACAGCCCGGUUUUCAAAGACCUCAACACUCCGAAAGCUGAUAAGUAGGGUACUGAUCGAGGAUCGACAUGAGUUUGUUUGUUUGUCUUUACGAGUAGUUUGUACCGGCUUAUCUACUUUUUCUUCUUUGAAGAGAAUAAAUUAUGGCUUUAGAUAUGUCAUUUUAGCGACGAUAUGUAUUAAACUGAUGCACUAUUUUGUUCCUGAUUGAAAAUUUGCAAGUGAAGGUACUCUCCGAGUUUCUACUU